AUGUCUAAAAAAAAUUUUAAGAAGGCGAGCGAUCCGCGUGGCAUCCGGCGCCAUGAUCUUUCCGGGGAUCAGGGUGUGAAAUGUGCUACCGGCCAGGACGAUGUAGGCAACCAGGCAUCUCCUGGAAAAUAUGCUACUGGAAGGAGAACCAUACAGCUACGCAACAAGAUUCGCGUCGGUACAUGGAAUGUUCGUGGUCUCCUCAAGGAUGGCAAACUGAAGAUCUUGGAAAGCGAGCUAGAGAGAUGUAACUCCACUAUUACUGGCAUUAGUGAAACUCACUGGAAGGAUAGCGGCCACUUUGACACAGGGAAACAUACCAUAUAUUACUCCGGAAAAGAAAACAACAGCUUUGGCGGUGUGGCUAUUGCUAUACCAAAACUGUGGAAUAAUUCUGUCCUGGGCUACAACCCUGUUAAUGAGAGAAUUAUGUCUAUAAAAAUUGAUGCUUCACCAGUUCCAAUAAAUAUAGUCCAAGUUUAUGCACCCACAUCGACAGCUGAUGAUGAUAUCAUGGAAACUUUCUAUAAUGAACUAGAAACUUGCAUGGAUCAAGUCCCAAAGAGAGAGCCUCUGAUUGUCUUGGGAGAUUUCAAUGCGAAGGUAGGUAGCACAAAAAAUGAAUCUGGCCUGCGCCACAUAGUAGGGCUAUAUGGUCUGGGUACACGUAAUGACAGGGGCGAACGCUUAAUUCAAUUCGCCGCCGAUAACAACCUCACUAUAAUGAACACCGUUUUUAAACAACAUCCAAGGCGCCUAUAUACGUGGACCAGCCCUGACGGCAAACACCGUAACCAGAUCGAUUACGUUAUGAUCAGAACUAGAUGGAGAAGCUCGAUAUGUAACGCGCACACAUUGCCCGGAGCAGAUUGUCUCUCUGAUCAUGAACUGUUGAUAUGUGGCCUGAAACUUAAACUGCGCAACUGCACUACCAAAAAAAUAUCAAGACGUAUUGAAAUUGUAGACAGAGAGGCCUUUUAUGAAACUCUGCAAAAUGUAAAAGGUACCUCGACGAAUGCCAUCCACGAUGGUGAGUCGGAGUCACUUUGGCAAUCAGCCAAAACAAUAAUUAAGGACGCAGUUAAGAUCUCCCAGCCCAGGCUAGGGGUUGCAAAACGCCAGCAUUGGAUGUCGUGGAGCACUUGGAAACUCAUAGAAAAGCGGCGCAAGGAAAAAGCAUCUGGAGCUAGCAUGGAAAAACUAAAUCUGCUAAGUUCUGAAAUACAAACUGCUUGUCGGAGAGAUCGCAAUAUGGAGCUCAACACUAUUUGCACAGAACUCGAACGGCACUCUCAAAAGCCGUAG